GGCAGCCCAACAUAUUUCUCCUUACUGCGCUACACACAGACUCGUGGAAAGUCUAUCAAGAAUGGAAAUGACUUUAGUUACUUUUCGAUCAAGACAACUCACUGUCAUGUGGAUGUACUUCAGUCGACUUCUGUUGUUGAUGCAGUAAACAUGGCAAGUCUCUCAGCACAGAGUGAAGGCAGGCUGCCUGAAGAGGAUUAUCAGGACCAAAAAUGAAAAAAACUUCUGCCUGAUAGAGGUCAAACUCCUGCCAAGAUGAACCCAGAGUCCCUGGACUCGUCCAUCCAGAGUGCCCUUUCCGCCCUCUACCCGCCGUUCGAGGCCACAGCGCCCAUCGUCCUUAGCCAGCUGUUUGCCACCAUCGAGGAUCGUUACCACGGUGAUGCAUUACAGUGCCUGCUGGACUUUCUCAUCCCCUCCAAGCACCUGCUGGAGAGUGUCCAACAGGCAGCGUGUGCUGGAUACUCUGAUGUGGUUUUCCGCUGUGAGGGCUGGCCUCUGUGUCUCCACGACAAAACCGUCAUCCAGUUAGCACCUGUGAAUCCUUUGCUGCUGCGUCCUGGAGACUUCUAUCUACAGGUGGAACCUUUCGGGGACCAAGCGGCUCGCAUCGUCCUCAAAAGUCUUCUGGAGGAGGGCUGUCGAGAAGUGGAGGAGACCCCCGUCCCUGAGACUUCCUACUCUUGCAUCUUCACUGAGGAAUGGCUGCAGGACAUCAAUGAAGGACGGCAAGGAACUCCUCUGUCACGUUGCUUGCUUUGCACAGAUCAAGGAGUAGUCACGUUUCCCUGGGCUACAAUCGCCAUCCCAGAGUUUUUAGACAAGCCUAAAAUCAUGCCCACUUAUCGGGAAGCUCCUCCUGAGCCAAAACAGAUCUCAGUUCCCUCCCAUUUUAACUCUGCAACCCUCCCGGUAGAAGCCAUUUUUCUUCCUGCAAAAGACAGGAUGACAGCAUCUUUAAGUUCUUCCAAACUUGUCAAAAUGGAACAUGAAAGACGAACCUCCAAAUCAUGCUCUAAACCAUUGAUCAAACCUGUGGGUUGGGUUUCUCCUAAUACCUGGGACAGUCGUAACUAUCAAGAGAUUGAGGGUGAUUAUGUAGACCUGGUGGAUAUCGCCAAAGGGAAGGAGUUUCUGGAUGAACGGAAAGACAGCCAUCCAAAUCCACCCCAUUCAGUUUUGUUCAAACCUGUCAGACCACCUCCACCUGUACCGCUUGGGAAUAGUGUUGCCUGUGGACGCACCAUUCAGUAUGCAGAGGAGCCUUGUACACCGUGCAGCCAGGGAAGGCUAGGGCACGAGCCCACUGAUCAAGACUUGAAGUGUAGGUACAGAGACUCGUACGUGGCCGCACUGAGAAACCCAGUCACUUUUGAGAGGGGGAGUGUAGACCUCCUGGCUGCCAUGGAGGAGGUCAGCUUUUGUGAAGAAGGAGAGUUAAGAUCCAAGGGUACAUUUGAAGCUCAAAGAGACAAACCUGGAAACUUGUGUAACCACUGUAAUAAACCUGUGACAAGUAAUGAGCUCUGCCAAUACAGACACUGCUGUGAACCAAUGCCAGAAAAAUUUGCAUCUCACCUGAAAGACCUUCCUUCAAGUUUUGAAUCAGAAAACCUUAUGAAGGAACCACCUGUGGUUUUGAAAUCAACCCCUGGUUUAAGCCAUAGUCAGAAAGUUCAGAUGAAACUUAUUUCCCACCAAUCAGGGCAUCAUGCUAGUCCGCAUCCGGGAUCAGAUGUGUUCUUGGAGAACUGUGAUGGCGACACGAAACAUCAGAAGGUGGAGGUUGUGAAACCAUCAGGAAAACACAAAGUUAAGGUUAGGUCUCUGUCAACUGUGUCAGAGAUAUCUAAAGGGAGUCCACUUCUCUAUAAACUUAACAACAGGAGCCACAGUGAUAUCUGCCCUGAAACAAUCACCAGCAUCAUGCAGUGUAAGAAAGAUGAACUGCUGGAUCAGGUGACUCAGAAGCUGGAAAGACGGAAGUCCCCUAAAAAAGACCCUCAGUCAAGUAGGAAUGAAACUCCCUCGACCACAGAUGGACCAGACCACAAACUCCAUAACUCAAAGAUAGAGAAGCUAUCUACUCCAAGAGUUCAACUUCCUUUUUCAAGUUUUGACCUGCUUGAACUGGGCAUCAUUUGUUUGCCAGGCAGCAGGGACAGGACAGGCAGGGCGGUGGUGGAGGUCCACGGUGGCAGAAAGGAGUGGAUGUCCCCUCUUGUGUCAGCCCAGAAUGUCUGUGAAUUACUGCUCUAUGUUCACUCCAUACCAAGGAAAGAAGUUCGAGAGCUGGGGAUGACUUUGGUCAUCAAUGCCAGGAAAAAUCCUCCUUCGCUUCACCUCUACAAAGCUCUGCUGAUGGCCCAGGAGCAAGCUCUCCAUGCUGUCCACAGUAUUGUGAUGCUGGUGGAUAAAGACACUUGUCCUCGACCUGAAAAACAGCCAGGGUUACAGAUGGACUUGGUGACUUCUAUGAAAUCCCUCAACAAGACAGUUGAGGCUUCCCAGCUGACCUCUGACCUGGGAGGAACCUUUACAUACAGUCAUACUGACUGGCUGCAGUUUCAUCAGAGACUGGUUUCUUUCAUGACUGACCUGCGUGGGGCAGACAGCUUAUUGCAGAAGGCCAUCAAGAAAGUGGAUGGCAGGAAACAGGUUGACACUGCCCAGGAAGUGAAGCAAUGCAUUCAGGAACAGAGGGCCUCAAUGAAAGAGGUGCUUGAAGACGCUCGACUGGUCACUCUGCAAAGAGAAGGAGGGGCCGUACUGGCCAGAAUUAGGAGAGAGGAGUUCAGAUUUCCUCAGUCUGAGGACUACAGAGAUGCUCUGGAGUCAGUGACAAGUCUGUAUAACCAGGUGGAGGAGAAGCUCCACACUCUGGUGAUGAGAUCAAACGAGUCACUGCAGCAGCUGGAGUUCCUCUUCAGGCUCAGAGAGAUGGAGGCCAUAAUUAGCACGGCUGGGAUGUGGUUCACUACAGAAGGCGAACAGAGACUGAAGGACUCUUACACAACAGAUGAUACUCUGGUGUGCACUGAAAAGGCCUUGCAGCACUUUGAUAUGUUUCUCACUCAGUCUAAGGAGAAACAACAGUACGCCCUGUCCCUAGUGAAGGAGGCAGAGGGAGUUGUUGGCAUGAGUGAUUCCAGCCCUGCAACUGAGAUUUUUCGGACUCUGGUCAGCACUUUCAAAUCCAAUAUGGAUGAUUUUAUGCUGCGGGCAGAGCAGAGGUACAAAGAACUGGGUGCACUGGUGCAUGUGCACCGCUUCUGUGAGCAGGCUUCCAACCUGGCUAAAGAAUGCAGUCAUUUUUUGGAGAAGGUUGAGCAGGGGUGUUACUCAGCUCAAACCUUGAGUGCACUCCAGAUGUAUGAAGAGAGAUUAGGUGGCGAAUUCUCCACCCUGCACUUCCAGUCUCUGAAAGCUAAGGCCUGUGCUGUGGGAUCAGGGGCCCCUGGGGUAAUAAGUGUGUGGAAUGCAGCCUUGGUCCAGUGCCAAGAAGUCAGGCAGCGUCUUGAGGAGAUUCAGAAGAAGAAAGUCGUAGAUAAGAUUCAGAUCCAGAAAACCACAGCUGCAAGCCCUCAAGGGGAAGAUGGAGUAAUGGAGAAGAGGGAGUUAAGGAGUGAGGUGAAUGAAUGCUCCCCGACCCAGCAGCUAACCUCUCAGAAAGAGGUAGACAAAAUCUCAGAAAGUAAAGGAGAAGCCACCACUACUGCAUGCUUCAACGACCAUUUUAAACCUGACUUGAAGGCGAGCGAGAAAGGAGAAGCCCACGCACAGGAGUUACCUGAAGCACCAGUUGAAAAUGAGAAGAUGACUCCUGUUUUUCCACAAACCGGCGGCUGUCAUCCAGAAAGCAAAUUGAGGCCAAGAGAGCACCACAGCGAGGCAGAUCUGAGGAGCACAGACUCCGUUGAAGGGGGAGAGGAUUUCCCAUCACACGAACCUUUGGGUCGGUCCCAUAGCGAGGGCUCAUGUGUGAGCUCUCAUUUGGCGAGCAACUCUGGCUUUUUACCUUUGAAUGUACGACACAAGCACUGUCAGAGCAUGAUGCAGCCACUGGAACAAAAUCUGCAGCCUGUCCAAAAUCUGACCAUUUCCCAUAACGAGAGUUUACAGUCAGGAAACCUGAGCUGCGAGUCAAAAAGAGACAGUAAUGAAGCGGCAGGUGAAGGAUACAAAGCCUCCACCCAUAGCCCGAAAGAUUUAAAGACCCCAGAGGCAUUACUCACACCAACAGAAAACAAUGGCAGCAAUGUUCUGAAACUGCGGAGGAUCAUGGAGGAGCUUCAGUCAACAGAGAGGGAGUACGUGAAGGCUCUGGGUUACGUUCGAGAGCACUACUUCCCCGAGCUGGAGAGGGCCGACGUCCCUCAGGACCUCAGGGGCCAGAGGGGGAGCGUCUUCGGUAACUUAGAAAAACUGCACGACUUCCAUCGACAUCACUUCCUCAACGAGUUGGAGAGCUGCGUGAAUGAACCCUUCAGAGUGGGACGCUGCUUCCUACGACAUAGAGAGAGCUUUGCUUUGUAUGCCCUUUACAGCAAGAACAAACCACAGUCUGAUAGUCUGCUCAUCAAUCAUGGACAGGCUUUCUUCAAGCAAAAGCAGCUAAAGCUCGGGGAUAAGAUGGAUCUGUGGUCAUACCUGCUGAAGCCUGUGCAGCGGAUCAGUAAAUACAGCCUGCUGCUGCAGGACAUGAUGAGGGAGUGUGGUCCUGGACAAACCAGAGAGAUGGCUGAGAUCAAGGCCGCCCUGGAGGUCAUCCACUUCCAGCUCCGCCACGGCAACAACCUGCUGGCCAUGGACGCCAUCCAGCACUGUGAUGUUAAUCUGAAGGAGCAGGGACAGCUGAUAAGGCAGGAUGAGUUCAUGGUGACAUUUAGGAAGAAAAGAUGUUACCGCCACAUUUUUCUCUUUCAAGAACUCAUCCUCUUUAGCAAGACCAGGAAGACGGAUGUAGGGAAUGACACAUACAUCUACAAGCAGUCGUUCAAGACGUCAGAUAUAGGCCUGACCCAAAACAGCGGUGACAGUGGCCUGUGUUUUGAGAUCUGGUUCAGGAAGAGGAAAACCCAGGACACAUACACACUUCAAGCAGGUAGCCUGGAAGUGAAGGCCGCCUGGACCAAGGACCUGGAGCGGAUCCUGUGGGAGCAGGCUAUACACAACAGAGAGGUGCGUAUGCAGGAGAGAGUGUUCAUGGGUAUUGGCAACAAGCCUUUCAUGGACAUCCAGCCCAGUGAUGCAGCUAUCAAUGACAGAGCUGUCAACUAUGUACUGAUGGGAAGAGAAUACAAGGUGCUAUCCGCUGUGGGAUCAUGUGGUUCACAGAAUGGGCUUCAUGGGGGGCGUCCCAAAUCUGUUGGUUCAGGAAGCAGUUCAUCUUCCUCCUCUUCCUCUGGAAGAGGUUCCCUGUCCCCUGUGGGAUACCUGUGUGGGCCAAAGCGGAAGGUGGUUUCUGGGGGCCUUGGAGGAUACGUAUCGCCACCUGGAGCUCUGGAGGAGGACGACCUGGACCAUGAGAGUGGGAGUCAGAACUUAUUGUUGGACAGCUCUGAGUCAUCAGGAGAAAGUGUAAGUGGCUUCAGCAGUUCCAGCCACAGCUACCAGUCUGCUAUUGGAGGAGAGGUGGAGGACGCCUCCUCGGUCUGUGCCUCCACAAUCACUGUUAAGGAGGCGGCGGUUGCUCAUGGAACUGAGGCCUCUGCAGUCUUCCACAAACCAAAUGCUCUGGAAGUAUCCCCAGAAAAAACCCAACCACCACCCAAGCCCAAACCUAAACCACAAUACCAGGCUAAGGAUCUGCCCUGUGGCAAGGUUCAGAACGCUAGUGUUGCAAAAUCCACUGAGGUUUGACCUGUGCGAUACGAUUUGAAGGCAACCCAAGAAAAGCUGAGAGCAGUCUGUUGGUAUCAGCGUUGAAGAUGAAACUAUUUAAACAGACAUCUUUUUAUACUGUCACUGUAAUCUAUUACCACUCUGUAAAUAAUUAUUUUUAAUCUCACCACUAAAACAACAGUUCAGGAAAAUGUCCAUAAAUAGACUGUAUUUUGAACCUUUGGGCUGCAUACCUGACAUGGCUUUGCAUAGUGUGUUGUAAAUCAGUCUAGUUUCAUAACUCAUGCAAAGCAUCAUAGAAUUGUCAGACUUUUCCUGUUAUUGAAAACAUAACGCUUAACUUUACAGUAGCCAAAGAAUGUGGCUAAAUAAUCCUGGUGAAAUAAUGUGACUUUUAUAAGCAUGCCUCAUCCCGAUCACAGAGGUGUUUAAUAAAAUCUUGUGAUGGUGUUUAAAGGAUUGUAUCACAAAGGCAGUAAACACCUCAAUUCCACGUUUUAUGUCCCAAAAGUAUUGUCUUUGUACAGAUUUAUCCAACAUAAUUACAACAUAUCCGUCUUACUUAUUUCCUCUUAAAGUGAAACACAUUCACUCUGUCCAUUCUUGAUUAACAGUUUUGUAUAAACUAAUAUGUUACUGAUAUGAAGAUAAUGAUCUAUGUAACAGUUGUAUGGUUUUCUAUUUGAUAUACAGACUAUUUGCAGUGAUAAUAAAUAUGCUGUCUUUGA